GUUGAGCUCUCACUCAGCUGUCAGUCACAGAGGCUCAGAUCACAGGUGACAUUUGACUAUGUCACAUCACAAUUUAUAAUAGAAGAUAGCUCGUCGCUCGUACGCUCGCUCGUGUUCGCUCUCGAGUGUUUGUGUCGGAUUGCCGUGGUCGUCGAAGAUCGGAUCAUCUUUCUCGAUUCCGCUUUGGUGCGGCGUUUUCGGACAAUUGGGAUCAGCCGCGUGUGUUUGUUUUUCGGACUGACGUGAUUUUCGGUCCGCACCCUUCGUGUUACUUCGUCGGAGUCGUUCCUCGUGGACGCACACGUGUGUUUGGGCUUAAGGAAUUUCUUUGAGUCGCUUGAGUGUUGAUGACAAGUUCCAGUGACGAUCAAGUGAGAUUGCCUAGUGAAGUGUUAGGAGGGAUUGAAGUACUCAGUGUGUGAAUAACUUAAACAAAUAAAAACCAAGUGUAAACCAAGUGUAAGCCUAGUGUGAGACUUGAAGUGUCAGUAUGGCAUUGGAAGACCGUUGCAGUCCCCAGAGUGCACCCAGUCCGCCCCAUCACCAUCACCACAGCCAAAGUCCGGUCAAUUCCGCCACAAUGAUCAACGGAGUUUCGCCUACUCGCGAAGAGAUGUCGCCACUGGUUCCGAUGUCUCCGAUGCACAUCAAGCAGGAGGUCGGCGAUCAGAGCCCCGCUCCGCCACCCCAGCAUACCAGCAUUUCGUUCUCGAUCUCGAACAUCCUGAGCGAAAGCUUCGGCAAGGGGCCCCAAAUGGCAACCCAGCAGCCGGCUAGUCCCAUGGCAAGUCCACCUUGCAGCUCAGACUCCGGUAGCCCCAACGGGCCAGCCCCGCACCAUCUCCCUCACCAUCAUCACAGUAGCUUCCAUGUUCAGCAACGUGCCCUGGAAAGGCGAGAAAGUCUGUUCCGUCCGUACGACAUCAGCAAGUCCCCGCGGUUAUGUUCCAGCAACGGUAGCAGUAGCCACAAUCCGUACCAUACAGACAGCGAAUCCCAGGACUCGACCUGCUACGAACCCCAAACGGCGGCUGCCGCAGCUACCGCCGCCAGCAUGCUCAUGUUCAACAACAACAACCCGUACCACCCGCGAAUCCCAACUCUAUACGACUUCAGCACCAAGACCAUCCCCAGCAUAGACCCCCGGAACCCGCUCCUGAACAGCUUCAGCGCCACCAGCUACCCCAAACUGCACGAAGAGAUCAUCAACAGCCACCGCAAGUUCCAGCAGAAACUGCUGGAGAACCAGGCCAAAGCGGCCGCCGCAGCCUCAAUCCACCCGCACUCGAUGCCCCCGCUAGGAUCCCUCUGUAAAACGGUGUCCCAAAUCGGUCAGCACGUAGCCUCGAACCCCGCCCCGUCCAACGACUCGCGUAGUUCCGUGUGCAGCAGUGCCUCGCCAAAGCUGAGCCCGCGACCGAUCCCGAAACCGACGGCAACGGUCGCCACGAGCCUGCCCGGAAAUGGUGGGGGUGAGAGUCGGGCGAAUGGGGAUUCCGGAAAUCAGAACAACAACAACGAUGGUGCCUCGUCGGAUGAUGCGCGAUCGGAGACGGGGAGUAGCAAGGAUGGCGAUGGCAACGGAAAUCUGUGGCCGGCGUGGGUGUAUUGUACGCGGUACAGCGAUCGACCAAGUUCCGGUCCCCGCUACCGCCGCACCAAGCCCCCGAAGGAGAAGACCGAAACGCCGGAGGAGAAGCGUCCCCGCACCGCGUUCACCACGGCCCAGCUGCAGAGACUGAAGAACGAAUUCAACGAGAACCGCUACCUGACGGAGAAGCGCCGCCAGGCGCUCAGCCAGGAGCUGAACCUGAACGAGUCCCAGAUCAAGAUCUGGUUCCAGAACAAGCGGGCCAAGAUCAAGAAGACCUCGUCGGAGAAGAACCCCCUUGCGCUGCAGCUGAUGGCCCAGGGUCUGUACAACCACUCGACGGUGCCGCUGACGAAGGAGGAGGAAGAGCUGGAGAUGCGCAUGAACGGCCAGAUCCCGUGAGCCGACGGUGAUGACCUCCACGGCAGGUUCCGUGGCAGCCAUUGACACUCCGGUAAUUAGGACGCUCGCACAAGACAAAGCCCGGGUCGUUGCAUUAUUGAUCCGCGAACCGGUGUGUGUUCCCAUUUUGUUGCAGCAUCUGACGCUGACAGCUGAACAUAACCUCGCACGAGACGGACGACUUCGGAGCUGUCACUCACGACGUGAGUGUGUGUGUGUGCGUGUAAAGCAGGCGAGGCUUCAAGCAACGAGGGGGGGUAUGAAAAACCAACAAAUCCAAGUACAAUUACAUUUAAAUAAUUGAAUUAAUGUUCAGCCCUUCGGUCCGGUUCGAACGCGAACUCGGACUUGUGUAAAACAAACAAAUCCCGGUGAAGGAACCAGCAAAAAGGCUGGCGAAACGAGGCCGUCGUGCAUGGGAAAACGGCGUGUGUAUGUGUAAAUGUAAAUAUUGAAUUUUAAAACGAGGCCCCCAGUUCGAGGGGGAUGACACUUUCUCACGCGCGCGUGUCCUAUCCCUCAAAGGGGGGAAUGGAAAGUGGAGCAACAUUUCUGAAUAAAAUUCGUCGCCGGCGUGGUCGUUUGACGCAACUGUCAAUUUGACGUUUCGAGCUGUCAUCAAACGUCACUUUUGAGGUUUUCAACCUAAAAACAAGAUGGCGACUGCGUCAAGCGAGCACGCCAGCGACGUCCAACUAAAAGCAAAAGAUGCAAAUGUGCGGUGCAAUAAAAACGAGCAAUUAGCGGUCCAGUUUGGAGUCCCCUCUCAAAACUGGACCACCCCGGAACACCAACCGUCGGUCGACAACGUGUGUGAUUGAACUCAACUGAAACCGAAUAGCAAUAAAUUAGACAAGUUAUUAGUUCGCGCGUCCCACGUGCUCGAACCAGGUUAGGUUUACACUCACAAAGUAAAAUCUUAGCAGUAAGUCGCACUGACACAGAGCACCGAAGAAGGCUAGCAAAAAUCGCAAGAAAAUAUGAAAACGUUACUGUAAAUACACCAACACUAAAUAAACCGCAAAGGAAGUAGUAGAAGAGAUUGGGGUGUAAAAUAUUAGCUACUAAAACUUAAUUGAGAUUAACGCGCAAGCGCGCGAGCAGGCGAAAACCAACAGAGAGAAAAAGAUAAGGACUCUCUAAAGACUAGUGUGGGUUCCAAUUCCCACGCGGAAGGAGAUAAUUAACUUUCAAAUGCACACACCAAACCUGUCAGCAGCGAGCUCGUCGCCGUCGUUCGGUUAUCUAAUCUCUGAGUUAUGUUUAAUUAUGCUGAGCGGACGCGCGCGCGCGCUUCUGGACUUUUGUAUCGAAAACUGUGUACAGACUUUGAACUCGAAUAUCUACCCGCUACAAUAAUUUAAUAAUAUUAUUAUUCUCGCUAGGUUAAGAUUGUAAAGUAGAAAAGAAGUAGUUGAUUAUCCCCCUCCCUAGAAUAAGACAAAGAGAGCAGAAACCUAUUAUAUUAUAUCAGACAAAAUAAUGCAAAAAUCGAAAAAGAGAAAUUAAGAGAGCGUAAUAAAAUACACUCAUGUGAUAUUCAAAAUAUUAA